AUGCACCAACGGGCUGAUUUCUUACCAAAAGCCUGGUACUACAAAAGCCAAAAGGAAUAUUCGGACGAUAUUAAACGAAUUAAAGAAUUGUUCCAUCUUCAUAUUCGUGAGGAUCCAUCGCUCGACGGCCUUGGAGUUCAUGAGAUCCGCGAAAUAUGCCUUCAUGAUAGACCCGAGGAGCAAGAAGCUAUGGCAGGGCGUCGGUUCAAUUUCGUUCUUCUUGCCGAUACAGCAGUAUUUCAAGCUAUGGAAAGGGGCGAGUUUGUAGUUAAGGCAGUCUCGUAUGAUUGGGAGGAAGGCUGGAAUAAUUGGGGCUGGAUGAGAAUACCAACAAGCUAUCUGCUUGAGCUUUGGCACUCGCUUAUGGGGAAGGACGAUAAUUACCAUGCGGUGCUAUUUUUCGACGGCCCAGAAGAGGAUCUAGAGGAGUACAUAUGGCCUGGCGGCUGGGACACAGAACCGACAAGUAAAUGUUCCGAAAUACGAAGAUGCAUUCAUUACAGUAACCAACAGUAG